AUGGCAGCUACAGUGACAAUAGCUUCCGGAGCAACAUGGCAAGAGGUUGCAGCAGAUAGGCAGAAAUACCGUGAUGCAACACUUGCAGCUAUCAAGCCAUCUAUUCCCGAUAUCCCCUCCCCAUCUUUAAAUACAAUUUCCAUCGCAAAAGACAUCCUCACAAAAGAGGAGAUCAAAAUCACUGAAAGUAAAGUCGAGGAGCUUGCCCCGCAGCUUGCUCAAGGGGAAUUAAGUGCCGUUACAGUUGUGGAAGCUUUCCUACGCAGAGCGGCGCUUGCGCAGAAGUUGACAAACUGCAUCACCGAACUUCUCCCCUCUCGCGCCCUUGAGCGUGCUAAAUACCUCGAUGACUACCUUAAGACCAAUGGCAAGCCAGUCGGUCCUUUACACGGCAUACCAAUCAGCGUGAAGGAGCAUAUUGGCAUGAAAGACCUGGACAAUAAUGCAGGUUUCAUAGGUUGGGUUGGCAAUAUUGCUCCCCAAGAUGCAUAUAUCCUGCAAAUAUUUUGGAAUGCUGGGGCGGUGUUCCAUGCGAGGACUACACAACCACAAACGCUGAUGCACUUGGAGACAAGCAGUAAUUUAUAUGGGUCCGUGGAAAGAAAUCAGGAGAGACUAUAUAGACUGACGGAUCGCAGGGUAACCACGAAUCCCUAUAAUUCCCUGCUUACGUCGGGUGGCUCUUCAGGGGGUGAAGGUGCCUUGGUUGGAUUCAAGGGGUCAUGUCUUGGGAUUGGGACAGACAUUGGUGGUUCCAUCCGUUCACCUGCUGCCAAUUGCGGUGUAUAUGGUAUGAAACCAACAGCUUUGCGAUUGCCAGUUCUAGGCUUGCUUGGGCCCGCGGGAGGUCAGGAACAAAUUGUUGCUACAAUCGGACCUCUGUCGACGAGCUUAGAGGGCUGCAAAUUAUUCAUUAAGACCUUGCUUGAUGCUAAACCGUGGUUAAAAGAACCUACGCUCAUGCCUUUCCCUUGGAAGCAGGAAGACUUCUUCAAAGGCAAAAAAUUGAAGGUUGGAGUACUUUGGGACGAUGAAGUGGUGAAGCCUCAUCCACCAGUCACAAGAGCUCUGAAGCAGAUGGUUGACAAGCUGAAAUCGACGGGAAAUGUGGAAAUAGUUGAAUGGAAACCAUACAAGCAUGACCUUGCAUGGGAAAUCAUUGCAAACCUUUACUUCUGCGAUGGUGGUAAAGAAGAAUCAGAUCUUAUUGAUGUAUCCGGCGAACCUUGGCGCCCACUCUCCAAACACAUCCUUAAAAGUCGACAUGUCGAAACGCACACUAUACCCUCGAUGUAUAAAGCCACUAUAAAGCGCGAUGCUUAUCGAGUCGAGUACGCCGAGCACUGGAAUAGCACCGCUACCUCUGCUGGUCCAAAUGGAGAACUAGAAGGGGCUGUCGAUGUUAUUUUGAGCCCAGCGGGCCCUGGAGUCGCGCCAAAGAUUGAUACUGCUAAAUGGUGGGGAUAUUUGAGCCAGUGGAACGUGCUGAACUAUCCUGCCCUCAUCUUUCCUGUUGACAAGGUUGAUGUCGUUAAAGAUGGAGGUACACAGAGCCAUUCACCGAGGAAUGAAACCGAUAAAGAGAACUGGGAGCUUUGGCAGAAAUAUGGUGCGGAGGGUUAUAAAGACGCGCCAAUCUCAUUGCAACUUGUUGGCCGAGGCUUCGAGGAUGAGAAGGUAAUUCAAGCGUUUGAGAUUAUCCAAAAGGAGACUGGUGUCCCUUUUGUCUAG